AUGAGUGCUUAUGUCUGCCAGAUCGUGUUUGCUCUGGCCAAUUUUGUGUCAUACAACCAUGGUGAAACUGCUACCAGUAUAGGAUUGUAUGACAACAGCCAGACUGUCAAUGACGAGAUUAAUAUUUAUCGCAUGUUUGAUAAAUCAGGCGUGGCAUUACAUGUGGCAACUAAUUUGGCAAUUAUUAUAAUCAUGAUUGUUAAUAACAAAUGUUAUACUUAA